AUGGACAGAGAAGAUAUCGACGCGACCCCAAGGGUUCUGAGAGUGAGAAAUCCGGAGUCGCAGGAGAAAGCAGAGGAUGUGGAUGGCUUAUCACAGUUUGACGAUGACAAGGCUGCGAAGUUCUCCCUGAGGUCAAUUUCGGCUUCACUGUCUUCGAUCUGGGCCAGGAGGAAAGCCAGUACCAGCACCUCCUGUUCUCAGUCCGAGUCCAGCCAAGACCAAAGUUGGUCUGUCGCACCCGAUCUGAAUUUGGACCUGGACGACAGUCUACCUUCACGCAGCUGUGUCUCCUUCUCAACCUUUACUACCCGCAAAUCUUCCUCUCGAGCGCUCAAGAAGAAGAGGCUGAGCUCCGAGAAGGACAUCAAGUCCUCAUUGUACAGCUUUGCAUCUUUCUCCACCGAUCAUUCCUCAAGACACUCAAGAAGGCCCCGUCACGAUCCAGCGAAGAGGCAGCCAUACGCCGUCGGACAGACAAUCUCAUCAACCAUGGCGUCAAAUCUUCCCAACGGGGUCUACAUGAAUGGUUUCGCAACUGACGAGGAGAGACGAGCUAUGGCACCGAAUAAUCACGUCAAUGCCCAUGCUGUUCAAGCACCCACCUUUCAAGACAUCUUACAUCUCCGUGACGCUCUCGCAGACGAGGCUUUUGAAACACCGUCUUUCCGGACUCCUGCUUACCAACAUGGGCCAGUAGUCAACGGGGAGACAGUACCGUCCGCUCCACCUCCCACUCUUGCCAGCGCAAUUCACACCCAAGAGUCUGUUGAUACCCCCAUCAACCAUGAUCAUAUCCGGCCUCAGUCCGAUGUCGGUCAUUUUCGCGACAACUACGCCAACUUUGGAGGGAGCUACCAUCGCAAUCCUCUACAGCAUCCACCGCCUGCACGCAACAUUCGAAUUGCCCCAUUGCCAGCCAUCGCGGCACUAAAAGUAGAGACUUUUGCAUUCAAUGUCUUGGAAACAGGUGCAAAAUCAACCAUGGCCACAUAUGUCACAUUCGAUCUUACCGCCGUCAAACAGAACAACAUCGAGACGCAAGGGCGUGGCCUCCAAACUCAAGACCGGUCUUAUCUCCUCAUGGAAAAUAACGAAGGUUCCUUGAUUGAUCUUCAAAUCCAGACCAAUGUCAACGGUCCUGCCAGCAAGCUCUUUGAGGUCGGGGUUGAAAAGAUUCACAAGCUGUGUCACAAAGACCGCUGGAGUGUUUUACUCAAGCUCGGUGCAAAAGAGAACACCCUGAGGUCCAGACUCUCCAGCUCCCUGCGAUCAGACACUCGAGCAACAUCAUCCCUUUCAUUGAUCGACCAAUUCCUGGCAAGCCUUAAGAUGGACGGCAAGAGAAGCGAAUCAGUCUCUGUUGAAGCAGUGAUCAAAUAUCGCCAUGCAUUUCUGCCGGAUGAUACGACUUUGGAGACUCGUGCCGUCUGCCACGUUGGCUCGCUCGCUUCCGCCUCGUCCAUGGACGCCAUUGAAGCCGGAGUGCUCGCAAGCUCCAUUGUUCAUGCCCUGGAUCCAGGGAUCAACACUGUCAAGCUGCUCUCGGUCGAGCGACCAGAACAACAGCACCAUCUGGAGCUGGGGGGGGCCCAGGCGCUGGCACUCAUCUACGACUUCCGACAUGCGUUGGGCCACGUCGUUUCCGAAUCGGUAACCUGGGACCUUGCGGUCCUAGAGACCUAUUACCGACAAGUCCAGGUAUUGGAGUUUGCGUCUCCGCAAACUUCAACGCCCCGAGAUACCCUUCGCCGCCGUGUGGCAACGGUGGCGAAGCGGUUCUCGCCGAGGAAGUCUGGUGGUGCUGGCCGUGGCGCCGAGGGGCGCGUGGAAUAG